GUUUCAAAUUUUAUUGUAGAAAAAGUUCAAAAUUUCAAAAUUGGUUCAAAAAUUAUCGAAAGGCAGAAUUUCGACUCAUUUCAAAGGUUUCUGUUGUGUUCUAUUUCUACAAAAAUGUGUGUAUGUCGGAAAGAGGUAAAUGUCUCAUUGUGGUCUGAGGAAGUUAAAGCUAACAAUACAAAUUACUUAGAGCGUCAAAAAUUUCCGAUUACUGUCUUAAUUUAUGUGUUUACUACAGUAAUGCAAGGAAAGUCUUUACUAAACAAUGGAAAUUGCAAACAGGAUGUUAGUACUACCGCUGUUGAUAAAUGUGGAACCGACAAUAGUCCUAACUCAGUAGUUAAAAAGCCAAGAUUACAACAGUUGUUAAACACAGGAAAUGAGUACAAAGCAAUGAUGCCUUUGACCGCUGCAUUUGAGAGACGUCAAAGAAUCAAUAAUAUUCUUAGACGCCUAAUAGCACUGGUGGAAGAAAUGGUGUCCCUUAAUAUGAGUUGUUCGGAAAUAGAACUUAUAAAUCUAUCAGUCACUGUAAACUCCAAAGAACUUGCAGGUCCUUCUCUACAGAUCAUAGAAUCAAAACGAUUGAACUCUUCACAGAAGCAAAUUGUUAACACAAAUGCUUGUCUUGAUAUUGCUCCAUCUUGUUCAUUACCAUGGGAAAAGCCUGGUUCAAAAGAGCAAAACAAGAAGUCAUCGUGUAAAACUAGUAAUGAAGAGAUAGCUAAAAGUUUUGAUGAUCUUGUAUCUACCGAAGUUCCUUCGGAAAGCGUUGUAAUCCUUAAGAAAAUGGUAGAAAAUCAACACAAAGAUGUGUCAAAGGACAACCAAUCAACCAAGGUAACUGUAGUGAGUGCACCAACCAUGAAGCUAAAACCGUUGCAGCUACUUCAUGAUACCACAGAUCAGCAGAAAUCCAGUGACAAGGAAAACGAUGACGACUGCAUUUAAAAUGAACAGUCAUAAAAAAUUACGUAAAAGCUGAAUAAAAAUUAUUGGCAGGACUUUUGGCAUAAAAAUCACAGUCAAUUCAUUAAUAGUAAAAAAAAAUCGCAGCGACAAAACACACAAAUAACAAAUGAAACAAUUGUUUAAAUAUAUA